AUGUCUCGUCAGCGUCUUGUCUUAGGCUUCCCGCCUGUCUUGCCGUCGCUGCCGCCUUCGCUUGCACCGCCGUGCGGUCCCUGCAUCGAGGGUCGGCUACGUACCACCCCUCACUCCUCCUCCCUUUGUCUGACCAACGAGCCUUUUGAGGCGCUCCACUUGGACGUCUGGGGCCCCGCCCCUCGCCUUGGCCCUGAGCACGAGCAUUUCUUUUUAGUGGUCAUUGACGACUACUCCCGCUACACCACAGUGUUCCCCCUUGCGAAGAAGUCUGAGGUACGCCGCACACCAGCUGAACCUCUGGCCACGCGUGUCUCGGCCACAGGCUUCACCGACCAGUCUUUGGACCGGGUCCCCUGGCGUUGCGUCAAGGUUUCGUGUCUGGGGUUGCUUGGCUCUUGUCCGCGACACUUCCGUGCCAUUCCUUGUAUCUUCCUUGGUUUCCCUGAGGACUCCUCUGACUUCACCUUUUACCACCCUCCCUCUCACCGGUUCUUUGACUCCCGUGACGUCCGUUUCGAGGAGUCCACCCCCUACUACGUACAGCCUCCCCCCCCUGGUCCCGCCCCGUCAGGUGUGUCCCAGGCUACCCCUCCCCCCUCGGUAGCCCCUCAGGUGUUGUCUUCUUCCCCGUAG